AUGAUUGCUUAUGUAUCGAACGAGGAAGAAGUGAUGAGGAUUAAAGGAAUUGAAGAUGAAUAUUAUGAAGGCUUUGCGGGCGUGAACCUACGAUUUAUUAGCAUAACAGGAGAAGCGGGAGAUGGAAUUCCGCAGGUUGGAGGGGGUGAUAAGGACAUAAAGUCGCGGGAUGACAUAAAUGACGAGAAUGGGACGCCGACCACUGGGACGCAGCCCUCGACGCGCAUCGCUGUGGACGCGGCCGAGCAGCGCCAACCCAUGUGGACGUCGCCAGCAGUUACUGCAACGACGCCAGGUGCGUCGCCACCGCAGCCGGGCUCUCCUGACGCUGCGCCCGCCACGACGGCCGCCGCCCCGCCGCUCGCCUCCGGCAGCAGCGCCGCGACGCCGGGGGCGGGCAGCACCCGCGCCGCCUACCGCGCGCCGCCACACCCCCACUACCACCUGCACUCAGCGGGCGACGAGCGCCGCCACGGCCCCUACUUCGAGGACGGGCCGGGCCCGCACAACGUGACGGCGCGCGUCGGACACACCGUGCUGCUCGACUGCCGCAUCGGGCUGCUGCAGGGCAAGACGGUGUCGUGGCUGCACCGGCGCCACGACGCGCUGCAGCUGCUGACGGUGGGCCGGCAGGAGUACAGCGCCGACCAGCGCGUCACGCUCAGCUUCCGUUACCCCGGCAACUGGCGGCUGCGCAUCGAGUACGUGCGCCUGCGUGACCAGGGACUCUACGAGUGCCAGGUGGCCACGCACCCGCCGAGGGUGCUGAGGAUUUAUCUCACCGUCACCGCGCCCGAGGUGAACGUGACGGACGACAAGGGCCACCUGGUGAGCGAGCGCUACUACAAGGCGGGCAGCGCCGUCGAGCUGACGUGCGUCGCGACGCACCUGCAGGGCCCACAAGAGGCCGUCGUCUGGCGACACGGCGACGCCACACUCACCGCCGGCGUCAGUACAAACGUGAGCGACGAGCAGGACUCCAUGGUGUCGACGCUGACCAUCGAGCGCGCACAGAAGAGGCACUCUGGCAACUACACGUGCGCCGCCGGCGGCGCUGCCUCCACCACCGUCGCCGUGCACGUGCUCAACGGGCAGCUGCCGGCGGCGGUGCAGCACAACGGUUCGGGGUCUCGGCCGGCCAGCGGCGCAGCUGCCUACCUGCUGCUGCUGCUUCUGCCGGUGGUGAUGGCGCUGCCCCCGACCGCGCCUGGGCGGUGACGCUAGCUGACGGGCCGGCGACGCCCCUCUGCUGUAGCUGUCCACAGGUUUGUCAUCGGAAUUUGGGACGUGCAAAUGAAUCUGGAGCGGAAAUGGAGACAGAUGAAACUGAUGAAAGAAUGUAUAGCAAGAGACCUUCUGGAGCGAGAAAACCUUUCCUCCAUGAUUUAAUAUGAGCCAUCACUGAAUAGAAAAAAGAUUACAUGGGGAGAACUGAUUACUUCAAGACCCAGCUCCGCCUUUGUUAAGUGGAACAUAGGGGUCGUUUUCUUUGUACAAGUUGUCUGUGCAUAUCUCGAGAGACACUGAACUGUCAGAGCUACUGAUUUGCCAGGCUGAUGACCUCGUUCACUUCGCUGAGCUUGUUCACAUCGCUGGCAAAAGUACCUCAGUAGAACAUGUGGUUUAUAGAGGAAACUCUGAAGUGAUUCUUGACUUUCCACGUGAUAUAAAUAUAUUAUUUCUA